GGACUUGUAAUGGAUCAAUGUGACCUGGGGAGUGUGGUGAAAUCCUCUUCCUAAAUAGUAAACUCUAUUCUGCGGUAAAGAUGGCGGCUGCAGAAGGGGCGCGCAGUGCCUGGAGCACGGCGAAGCAACCCUGAAGGGUCCAUAUUUCGCAGAAACUCGGACGUGGGGGACUGAACAUUCCUGCCUCGAGAUCCCACGGACCGUUGGCAGAGAGUUUCAGUGACUUUUGCUUUAUUUUUUGAGACAAGGUGGGUGGGUUUCACCGAUACUAGCUAUCGAGCUAACGUUAGCGAGAUAAGCUAGCUAGCUAGGACGUCGGGUGGAUAAUAGGGUGUCGAGGAAGACUAUUCGGAACAGGCCGCUCCACAGUUGGGGGAUGUGAACCAGGAGUGUGCAGGAUUGGCUAGCUUCGUCCCGAACAUCUUUAUACCGAACUGCGGGGAUGGGACAACAGGUAGGCCGCGUCGGUGAGGGGGCUUCAACAGGACUCCAACCGCCACCACCGCAACAACACCCGGGCAAGGGGAACAGGGGAAGUGCAGGGAGGAGACCCCGGGAAGUCAGCAGUACCGGAACGGCACCAGGCAGGGUUGCUGCCGUUAACGUGCCGGACCCAGCAAUUAAUAUAUUCACCCAGCAUUCAGAGGCCCUCCACCGGCCCUUCAGCCUGGACUCGGCAGCAUUGACGGAGGCGGUACGCUGGAGCUCCAAGGAGAACCUGCUGGGUGCUGCAGAGAGCGAUCCCAACCUCUUUGUUGCACUUUAUGACUUUGUUGCUAGUGGCGACAACACGCUGAGCAUCACGAAAGGUGAGAAGCUAAGGGUGCUCGGUUACAACCAGAAUGGGGAGUGGAGCGAGGUGCGCUCGAAGAACGGCCAGGGCUGGGUGCCAAGCAACUACAUUACACCUGUCAACAGCCUGGAGAAGCACAGCUGGUACCACGGGCCUGUGUCACGCAGUGCAGCAGAGUACCUGCUCAGUAGCCUCAUCAACGGUAGCUUCCUGGUCCGGGAGAGCGAGAGCAGCCCAGGACAGCUGUCCAUCUCCCUGCGCUACGAGGGAAGAGUCUACCACUACCGCAUCAACACUGCUUCAGAUGGCAAGGUGUACGUCACGGCAGAGAGCCGCUUUAGCACCCUGGCCGAGUUGGUGCACCACCACUCCACAGUGGCCGACGGCCUGGUCACCACACUCCACUACCCGGCCCCCAAGUGCAACAAGCCCACCGUCUACGGCGUGUCGCCCAUCCACGACAAGUGGGAAAUGGAGCGCACCGACAUCACCAUGAAGCACAAACUGGGUGGGGGGCAGUACGGAGAGGUGUACGUGGGAGUCUGGAAGAAAUACAACCUCACCGUCGCAGUUAAAACACUGAAGGAGGACACCAUGGAGGUGGAGGAGUUCCUGAAAGAGGCAGCAGUCAUGAAGGAGGUGAAACAUCCCAACCUGGUGCAGCUGCUAGGUGUGUGUACUUUGGAGCCUCCCUUCUACAUCGUGACAGAGUACAUGCCCCAUGGCAACCUGCUGGACUACCUGAGGGAGUGUGACCGGGAGGAAGUGAACGCAGUGGUGCUGCUCUACAUGGCCACGCAGAUCUCCUCUGCCAUGGAGUACCUGGAGAAGAAGAACUUCAUCCACCGGGACCUGGCAGCCAGGAACUGUCUGGUGGGGGAGAACAGUGUGGUGAAGGUGGCUGACUUUGGGCUGAGCAGGCUGAUGACUGGGGACACGUACACAGCCCACGCCGGAGCCAAGUUCCCCAUCAAGUGGACCGCCCCGGAAAGCCUGGCCUACAACACCUUCUCUAUCAAGUCUGAUGUGUGGGCUUUCGGUGUGCUGCUGUGGGAGAUAGCGACGUACGGUAUGUCUCCGUACCCAGGGAUCGACCUGUCUCAGGUAUACGACCUGCUGGAGAAGGGCUACCGCAUGGAGCAGCCAGAGGGCUGUCCACCUAAAGUCCACGAGCUGAUGAGGGCCUGCUGGCAAUGGAGCCCGUUGGACCGACCUUCAUUUGCCGAGACCCACCAGACCUUUGAGACAAUGUUCCACGAUUCUAGCAUCUCCGAAGAGGUAGCAGAGGAGCUGUGUAAGACUGCCGCCUCUGGCCAUGCCCCGACACCACACCCCUUCAGCCACGACAUGCCACUGCUGCCCUCGAAAUCGCGCACUCUCAAGAUGCACGCGGAGAACAAGGAGAACAUCGAGGGGGGUUUGGAUGGCAGGCAGGAGCCCAGCACACACGGCCCCUCAGGUCUGGCAGCCACUCUGCUGGCAGGGGAUGGCCGGUCAGGCAGCUCUCCUGCUCUGCCUCGGAAACAGAGGGACAAAUCCCCCAGCAGCCUAUUGGAGGACUCCCAGGAGACCAUGUUCACACGGGACCGCAAGGCUGGCUUCUUCAGCUCCUUCAUGAAGAAGAAGUCUCCUUCAUCCCAGCUGCAGCAGAGCCUGCCCAUGCCGCCCAAGAGGAGCAGCUCGUUCCGAGAGAUGGAGACCCAGCCUCACAAGAAGUACGAGCCCACGGUUGGCUUCAGCGCCCCUCCUCCCCUUCCCCAGGCGGACGGCCUGGGCUUCUCACCGUCCCAUGGAGAGGGGAACCACGUCCAGUCACGCUGCUGUGGGGCCACUUUUGGACAAAAGUCCUCUGCCAACCACACCUCUGGGGUCCCACCCUUGCAGGUGGGCAGUAGUAGUAGUAGUAGCAGCAGCUGGGCAGGCCUGGCAGGUUUCUUCACCCCUCGCCUCAUCAAAAAGACCUUAGGGCUACGGACUGGCAAGUCCACUGGGACCGAAGAGGGGGGUGGGGGGACCAAACCAUUCCCCAGGUCCAACUCCACCUCCUCCAUGACUGCAGGGCUUCCUGACCUGGAGAGGAUGGCUCUGACUUUACCCAGAAACCGCAGUAAACCUCCUCUAGAGCGCACUGCCUCCACCACCUCGCAGCCUGAGAACGGGGCAGCACACACCUCUGAGUCCCUUCUUCGUAAGAUGGAUGAGGGCACAGCUCAGAUCAGGGACCGGCCUAAAGCCAAGCUGCUUCCCCGAGGGGUGGGGGGGUGCUCUGGGGGGGUGAGGGCACCUGGGGUUGGGAGUGAGGCCGAUUUGGAUUGUCACUCGGGGGCUCUACGGUGUAGGGAGGGUCAGGAGGCAGGAGGACAGGACCGACAGGGAUGGACGUCCCCCUCCAAAACAGUGGGAUCAGGCCCGUCGGCGGCUCCACACAACCACAAGGUUCCCGUGCUGAUCUCGCCUACACUCAAGCAUAGCCCAGCCGAUGUCCACCUGGUGGGGAUGGACUCUCAGGGGAACCGCUUCAAACUGCUAUCGGAGCACCAGGCGGACCGGGACCGACCACGACUGGUCAAACCCAAAUGUGCUCCCCCUCCCCCUCCAACCCUGCGCCUCAUUGGGCACUCCUACAGCGGGGAUGGGGAGGAGCAGGUCGUAGGGACGGUGGAGGUCAACGGUGAUGGGGUGAAAAGGCCGGGACGAGCAAGGGAAGUGGGACCCGGGAGACCAUCAGUGCCACCACCACAAGUGCCUCUACCAACUUCAGCCUCCUCCUUUUCCUCUGCCAACAACACUAACACUACUCCCACUAAGAUGGCCAACGGCGCCACAAGCACUGCUUCUUCCACAGCCCCCUCUGGUGGCUCUAAGCCUCUGCGUCGGACUCGACAGCAGGCUGAGAGGGUUCAACCGGAGAAGAUCAGUAAGGAGGCUUUGCUGGAGUGUGCUGAGUGCCUGAGAGGUGCCCUCCACAGCAGCCCUGAGCCCUCCUCCAGCAGCCAGGUCUUAGAUGCUGGCCACCAGCUGCUAGACUACUGCUCAGGCUACGUGGACUGCAUCCCACAGAUGCGGAACAAGUUUGCCUUCCGGGAGGCCGUGGGCAAAUUAGAGCUGAGUCUGCAGGAGCUUCGGGCAUCGUCCUCCUCUGGAAUUGGAGGGGCAUUUAGUGGCCCAGGACCUAGCCCUGCUCUGGACAACUUACACAUCUGCAUCAAAGAAAUCAGUGAUGUGGUUCAGAGGUAGCCAUCAGACCCUGUCAAACAUUUCUUUGUAUUCCCUUUUUUAUGUUUCUGGUUGUAUUAACAUUUUGGGGACGGAGAACAAUCUCAGAAGUACCUCAGAAAAUCACUAAAUUGGAUCUCUUAUUGUUUACAGUUGACUCUUUCUCAAAAAUGCCAGGGGAGAACACUGUUCUAACCUUUGUACAUUAACAUUGUUGAUACCAAACUAGAUAUGGUUCAAUGUACGCCAAGUAACUGUUUUGCCCCAAGUUCAAACUUUUCCAACUGGUUUUAAGGCCUUUCUUUUAAUCGAAUGUGGAGUAUAUCAGCUAUGUAUUCAGUCCCAGAGUGUUGGUAAAGAACAAAGUCAGUUUGCAUAUGUGUCAUAGUCAUCAUAGCCAAGAAAAAGUGGAGAAUAAUUAUGGCUGAGUUACUAUCUUUGGUUUAUGAUCCUGGCAACUAUGAGUUCCUGUGACGGGAAGUCACUGUUCAAAACUAUUGUCACCUGGAAAAUGGAAGUGUGUUCCACUUAAUCAGGACUACCCUCUGCCAUUUGAUUUGGUUUGAGUAUUUCAGGAAAAUGCUCACUUAAAAUCGGAAUGGAAAAUGUAAGCAUUUUAAUAUUUAUGUCCAAAUUCCCUUGCACAUGUAUUUAAAUGUUCGUAGCUAAUGAGAAGUGAGGAAAGCGCAAGGUAACACAUGGGAAGGUGGUUUGGGGCAGUAUUCCCUGUGGCCCUUUCCCUCAGUGCCUAUAGAUUGUUAAAUCAUUGAAAAUCUGCGAACACAGCCACUCCCUGAAAAAAAUACUAAUCUCAACGCAAACUGCGGUAUGUCUCCAGAAAAUGAGUGAUUUAUUUGUACAUUUUUUGGUUUUAACUUUAGAAUGUCUUUGUAUGAACUUGAAUUUAAAUUAAUUAUUGUUUUUUAUUAAAAGCACAGACCUAUUUUAAAAACGUUAUAUCCAGGAAAAGAUUCACGGUCACUUUUGCUUGGAUAAGUAUUUGACUAUGAAAAGAAACAUUCGUAGGAAGUUGCAGGACUGAGGCCCCCAACCCCAUCUGAACAUCUGCAAAUGAGGUGUUUAAUCUGUCAAAGUUCUCUGGUCAUUUCAAUACCAACAUCGGUGUUCUGUUUUCGAUGAGCAUAAAUGAGUGAAGAUGACUGAUAUCCCUUUUAGAUGCUUUUUGGUUAUCUCUAAGCAAACAUUUCCAUUUCAUAUUGUUAAGUCAUUUCAUCCUGUUUGUUGUAUUGUGCACAAAUAGCAAGUAUCACCCGUACCUGCAAUCCUUUCUCUAUAAUAAUUUGGCUAAUGAAUCAAGCAAUCAAAACAAAAAAAAGCUUGUUUAUAAUAGUGUCCCUCGACUGAAAAUUCCCCUAAUGCCCACUUGAGAUGUUGGAACCCUUGGUGUACACUGGAUAAAGCCAAUGAAGUAGUAGACUGAUUGCUAUAUUGCAUUUAGUCUUAGUAUAAACUCUAAUAGUACCGUUUAUGACACCCAAUAUUUUUCACAGUUCAUUCCAUGUCUGUUUUGGGGUACACCACCUAUUUAAUCCAGCAGAUGAGCUUCAGUGUCUCUGUUCAUUCAAAGGUCGUCUUGACUAAUAGGAUGUCAUGAAACGAAUUGUUUCUUUACACUGUGAGGUUCCAAAUUAAAUAAUGAGGUAUUUGUUUUUAUUUUCUUGCUACUGGAUACAGCAGUGUUUUUCCAAUUAUUCAUGGUGCCUUUUGUGAAAUAUAUUGUAUGUAUUGUGCACUAAGUCAAGAAAUGGAUAUACAGCGAUGUGUAAUUGUAAAUAUCUUGUGCUUUGGUCUUCAGAUGACACAUUUCGCCAUGAAAUUGUGGCCAAGUAUAAAUAUAACUACAACAUACAUUUAUAUUACUGGGAGUAAAUUUUAAGACUCAAACUUGAAAAUAAAAUGUGCAAUUUGUCUCCUAUAUUAUAAUAGAUUGACUGAUGGUCAAAUACAGCUUGUUCUUGGUCUGAUUGAUAGUGGUCCAUACUUGUGAUCCCACAUAAUUCUGUCUCUGACAGUUGCACAAUAAGUGUUUAAUUUCCAACAAACUACACAAACAUGAGUCUCUCUGGUGCACUUCCCCAAAGCUGCUCUGUAGUAUUAAGGAUCUGAACUAUUAAACUCUCUGCAUCCUCCACUUGCUGUCUGUGAAAUUCUUAAUGACUGAUUACCAAUUUGGCCUUCCAUUAUUUUGCCUUUCACCCUUGCUUAUUUCUGCUUCAAUCGUCUUUGUUCUGCUUUACUGCCAAACUGUACUAGUGAGACGAGUAUCCCGUAGACUUGUGAUUAUCUCUAAUUUAUUGUUGGAUUAAGAGUGUAAUGAACCAGGCUUGUCACGCUAGGAGAAUUAGUUUGCAAUGAUUGCAAUUUUGCAAAAAAUAUAUUUCAUUUUGGGUUAAGUGCUCUUCAAUUAAUUUCUGCCCAGUUUGUCUUUCUGAUUAAGCUGUAUGUCCUUUAUUUAUUGUUGCUGUAUUUAUUUUGUAAAUAAUGUUUUGGAUCCUGCAACUUUUCUGUUUGAUCUGGACAGUGCUGAAGAAAUUGUAUUUGCACAUCGUAUACCAAAGGCCACUUCCUCUUCAGUUCUAUGAGUGCAAUGAGAAUGGAAUACACUUCAUUUUGAAAAUGUGAAUUUAACAGGGAUAAAAAUGGCAGAGGUUAUAAUUAACUUUUUGUUUUUGAUUUAAAGCUCACAUAGUAUAUAACUGUGAAGUUCUCCCUAGCAGUGUUACAUUUGAUGUAAAUAAAACGUUGAACAUUU